AUGAGCGUUCCGUCGGCGCCCGGUGUUCAGCAGGGCACUGUUCGUUUCGAACAGAAGCCACCAGCCCUCUCUAAGCGGACGACGACCUACCGCAAGGAAGGCUCUAAAAAGAAGUCAGCCGCGCAGCCAGUAGACUCGGCCCCGGCCGGCGCUUUGAUCAAGAGCCUCAUCAAGGGCAAGCGCAGCAAUCCGAACGAGCUGAAGCUGGAAGAUCUUGAUGAAAAUGUGCUGAGGCAAAGACUCGAUCUUCUCGAAAAAGAGCUUGAGGAGUAUAAAGUCAAAUGCGCGCGAUACAAAAAGGAAAACGAAUGGUACCGAGAGGAGCUCAAGGGCUGCGAAACGGACUCGGUCGACUACAUCCGCUAUCUCGAAUCCAAGAAGGAGGAGAAACAGGCGGUGAUUGACAAGCUUGUCGAGUGCAACAAGAAGGAAUUGGAGCAGUUCGUCGAGCGGAAGAAGCGGCGCGAAAUUGAAAAUGCCGAGAUGAUCGAAAGCCUGAAGGCUCUCCUGGUCGAACAGGAAAUGAAGCUGGAAGCCAAGCAAGAGGAGAUGCUGCGUCUUUCAGAUGUGAUGUCCAAGCGUGCCCGCUACGAGGCCGAGAUCGCCAAGAUCAAGAAGGAGAUGCAGGAUGCUGAGGCAGAUCACCACCGCAAGCUCGCCGAGGUCGAGCGGCAGCUACUGGAGGCCCGCAUGAAGCACCAGAAAGAAGCCGACAACAAGAUCAAGAUGAUGGAGUCCGCCGCCCACGAGAAAGCCGCAAAGUAUCUCGAGGACCACACCCUUGCGAUCGAGAACGAGAAUCGGACCCUCGAAAAGGAGCUCCAGCGGUACAUCCAGAUCACCAAGGAAUCGCUCUUGAAGAAGGAAGCCCUUGAAAAGAAGAACAAGGAGCUGUUACGGGAGCAGAUCCUGCGCGAAGACAUGGUCCGGCUGCGGAUUUCGAGGAUCAAGGCCAAGGAGAAGAAGGAGCGCCUGCUCCGACAAGAGCGCAAGAAGGAGGCCAUGGAGAAGCGAAAGCUUGCGGUCGAAGGCGCCCUGGCUCGCGGCAAGUUCCAGGCGGUUGCAAAGACCUUGGGCUUUGUCAAGGAGGACUCUUCGGCCCACGAGAGCGUCCGAUCAGCGGCAUCGGGGCCUGUGGUCGGGUCGCUGCCGUCCUCGACCUCGGCCAAAGUGGUCAUUCCUCAGGUCAACAGCCACCCCACUGUCGUCCAAAGCUCGCUGGCCCUGAAUGCCUUGGGACCUGCCGGAGACCGACCGACGAGCACCGCAGCCGGUCCAAAGGAAUCAACACCCAACCAAGCCACCAGGCUGCUCCAGAGACUGUCGCUUGGUGACCUGGAGUGGUCUGACGACGAAGAAGACGACGAGUAUCUGUAGUACACUUUUCACAUGAGCAAACGGGACACCCUCACGAUCCCAUAUGUCAGCCCAAAGUACCGAGCACACCGCUGUGUCCUGAGGCUGGAUGCAUAACCCUUGCUUGGACGCCUUGACUCACUACCAAAGACGAUCACCACAUCAUUAUCCC